GCCGUCGGUCGUGGUGGAUGCGUGGUAGUGAUCGGCAAGCGUUUGAGGACCUAAGGAGAGGAUCUCUGUCUCAAGAGUCGCCACUCGUCAGCGACGAAGGAGUUCUUUGUGCGCGCAAAGUCGUUGGCAAUUCUGUUUGAAAUUGUGCUCCGGCGUGAAAAAAAAAGAGUGCAGGCGGGCAGGACGUCAUCAAUCAGUGCGAUAUUAUGGUGAUUUAUUCAAUUUUUCAACCACCCCCAAGUGUCACACUCGUCGAGGGCUUGACCCAUGAAUUAAUGCAGGAAUUAAUUUCACAGAAAACCCAUUUCGCCGAAUAUGUUGAAUAAAAACUCUGUGCGCCAGUCGUGAAAGAAUAAUAUUUUCCCGGAAAAGCCUCGAGUGUGUGGAUUUGUUGUGUGUGUGUGUGUGGAUUUUUUGGGGGGACGUUUUUUUGUGCGAACACAGCAGCCCCCCUUUUGAGAGCUCCCAAGGAGAGAGAAUCCAUCGAUCAUAAUUUAAUGGUUCCCAGAGACCGCAUGAAGAUUCUAUAAAUAUCCUUGGGAUCUCACGCUGAAAUUGACGUUGCUCCUUGCCAGGAUACAAUAGCGCGAAUACCCUCAGGUGUUCCAUUCCACUUCCGAUUCUGCUCAAUUUCCUCAAGUGUGUGCGUGUGUGUGCGUGGAUUUCUUUCGCUCACUCUCUGGGGUGGAGUCGCAAUGCGAAAUUGAUUGUUGAUUCAGUGAUGAAAUUGUUGGAGUGAAUUUUUCAAUUCCACCCCCUCGCUGGAAAACAUGGUGUUAGCAAUUAGUGAGGGUGUGUGCGUGGUCAGGCUCUGGGUCAGAGGAUGUGAAUAGACCCACCCGGCUGUAUUGUGCCAGAGUGGUGAGCUCUGUGCGCCCCCAGGAAGGACUGUCGGGGGUGAGUGGAUCCCAGGAGGAUCGCAAGCGAGCUUGUGUGCUCUCGGGUUGUCUCCACGAUUCCCAGAGUGGUCGUGAUAGUGCCACAAGAAGUGAAAGCCAAAGGAUCUCUCUGCAAAAAUAUAUAAAAAGGGACACCCCCAACCCCGAGUCACUUGGAGGAAAGAUCUGCCAGAAACGCGCGCGUGAAGGGCCUGGAAAAUUUAUUACAUGUGCUAAAAAGGGAAUAAGAAGGGCAACACACCACAAAAAAAAAGAAGAAGAAAGUGAUGGAGCGGUCAUCUUGUGAUAUAUGGAAUUCAGUGAGAAGCAAACAGAAUGACUCUCUGUGGAUUAUUUACACCCUUUUUUGGAUAAUAUGCUCAAUCUCCCAUUGGAGUAGUUCCAGUGCCGCAACAUCCGUGUCACCCAUCGUAUCAGAUGAAAAUGGACCACUUUCGGAGGUGCAAACAGCUGUGGGACUGGAGGCGUCGAUGCCUUGCGAGCUGGUGCCCAUCUCGGUGUCCAUGAUGACGGAUAAGGUGCAACUUGUCAUCUGGUACAAAGAGGGGAACAUCAAGCCCAUUUACACAUUCGAUGCUCGCAUGAGACCACUGCACCAGGGCAUCCACUGGGCGGACGAGCUGGUGCUGAAGUCCAAGGCUCACUUCCACUACGAGUCAAAUCCUCCGGCGCUGCGCCUGAGGAAUGUGAAGCGCGAAGACGCCGGAUUGUACAGAUGUCGAGUGGAUUUUCACAAGUCGCCCACGAGAAAUUCCCGCAUCAACUUGACCGUCUUGGUGCCACCGACUCACCUCACCGUCCUCGAUGACCUGGGAGCUGCGGUUGCCGACCACACGAUUGGACCCUACCGAGAACAGGCCACAAUCAACAUCACCUGUCUGUCAAGCGGUGGAGUGCCGCCGCCUCGAGUGUCCUGGUGGAAGGAACAUGCACUGCUGGAUGACUCCUUUCAAGUCCUUCCGGACGGAAGUGUCAAGAAUAUCCUCCACUUGUCGAAGCUCAAUCGUCACGAUCUGCACACUAUUUACACCUGCCAGGCGACAAAUGGACAUGUGGUGCCGCCAUUGUCCACAUAUGUGAAAUUGGAGCUGAAGCUUCCGCCGCUGUACGUUCGUCUGCAGGGCCUCAAUCAUGCACUGGUGGCCGGCGUGCGGACGCAGAUCUCCUGCAGCUCAGCAGGGGCGCGCCCCCCGCCGGAGAUCAUCUGGAACAAGGGUGGUCUGCUGAUGCGAGGAGCCUCGCAAACGACAUCGUCAGAUGGGAACGUGACAGUUUCUGAGGUGGUGUUUCUGCCGGCGCCAGAGGAUAAUGGCAAAAUUGUGACGUGCUCCGUGACAACUGAAACGAUCAGCGGUGGAGCUGGUCUAUUUCUAAAAGACUCACGUAUCUUGGAUGUAAAACACGCCCCAAUUGUGUCGUUAUCACUCGGAGCGCCGCUGGAUCCCAACAAACUAAUGAAUGGCUCGGAUGUGUACUUGGAAUGCGACAUCAGAGCGAACCCGCCCAUCAGGAAGAUCGAAUGGUUUCACAAUGAAAAGCAGCUCUACUCCAUGCGGGGCGUGAUUAUCUCCAAUCAAACACUGGUCCUGCAGGCCAUCUCCAAGGCUUCCCACGGGCAGUACAUGUGCCGCUCUGAGAACGCCCAGGGCUCCGUCAGCAGCAACGAUGUGUACUUGGAUGUGAAGUAUCCUCCAAUUUGCAAAUCGGAGUCGACAGUCAUCAGAGCUGCCCUGAAACAGACAAUCAAUAUUCUGUGCGAUAUCGACUCGAAUCCACUGCAAAAUCUCACAUACAAGUGGUACUUCAACAACACCCUCGAUUCAUCCAUCGAGCUGCCGCCGCCGGCCGCCGUCCUGCCGCACGCCGGCGACCCCGAGGAGCAUCGGCACAGCCCCAACGCUCUGGGGGCGCACCAGAAGACGGAGCAUCGCCGCCACCAGCGCUUCCAGACCACGGCGCGCUCCGCCAAGUCCUUCCACGCGCGCUCGCCAGGACGCACAUAUCCCUUCCGCAUCGAGAGCUUCGCCAACUUCGGCACCGUGACGUGCAGCGCCGAGAACUUGUACGGCCACAGCGGACUCUGCGCUUAUCACAUCCUUGCAGCAGAGUUGCCUGAUCCAGUGAAAAACUGCACGGCGUUCAAUGCAACCGCGAACUCAGUGCAAGUGUCAUGUUUGCCUGGCCGAGACGGUGGAAUUCCGCAGCAAUUUCACGUGGAGAUUAUUGAUAAAUCAACAAACACCGUGCUGUACAACGCCUCAUACCGCCAUCCUGACUUCACCCUCAAGCGACUCCCCAUCGAGUGUGACCUCAUUAUAAAGGUGCUGGCAUUCAAUCUGCAAGGAUCGAGUAAUUGGUAUCGUUUGCACGCAAAAACACUUCCGGCACCACUUCUGAGAACAGCAUCAUCGACUGCAGUCUUCGUGAAACUGACACCACUCCUUGGCGCCCUAAUGGGUGUCGCCGGGACGCUCAUCCUUGUGGUAGGAUGCAUCGUCAUUUGCAUGAGGAUGCGACGUGGAAAACAGCAGAAACGUGAGCAUCGCACCACAGAAGCUGGCACAGCUGAUGUGGACAAGGACAAAGGCAGUGCUGAGCCGCUGAGCCGCAACAUGGGCAGUCACUCGAGCAUCGACGACAAGAAUCCCGAUGUUGUGCCACAGGAGAACAGCGAGGAUGAAUUCCUGUCGGAGGAAAAGGCCUUUGAGCGCCUCAAUUCAGAUCGCAUUCUCUACAAUUCACGUCUCAACUCGUCACCUCCGCCCCUGUCGCCGGCCAGUUUCCCCAAGAAUUUCGGGGAGCUCUCGCUCACGACAAAUCCAUCCUUCACGCUGUACAGCUCGCCGCAGCGCCGGCCGAUGUACGCCUCGCCGCCGCUCACGCUGCUCGCGCGCUCGCCGCCCAACGUGUACAGCCGCAACCCCACGCGCUACGGCGUCUACGACAGCCCAACGGGAGCGUGCCAGGCCGGCGCCUUCGGCGGCUCCACUGUGCCGCUGCUCAACAACGGCGGCGCGGCGCUGGGCGCCACGCUGGACGACACGUCGAUUUCCUGAGACACGGGGGGCUCGUCGUGCCACUUGAUCUGCAUCGGCGAGCGCCCCGAACGCACGACCGUGGUGUAAAUUGCGCCACGCGAGCAGCAUGUUAGAUAGGCAAACAGUAAUCUCUUACUAAGUGUAUAUUGUAUAUCGCAGAGGAUUUCCAUUGCGGAACUCGAUAAACGAAUUUACUACUGUUGUACUGUAACCGUUGGAGGCCAAGUCUGGCUGGGAAAACAGAGUUGAGAGCGCCAUUUGAGACUGAUUGAUAGAUUAGAGAUUCGAAUUAUACGUUCAAGACAGAAAACAAACAAACACUUAAACUCACCGAUGAAGUCUAGCCGUUAAGAAUUACUUCUUAGAUGCUAUUAGAUGUAAUCAUGUGUAGGAAAAGAGACUUUGUUUUGUGAUUUACAACAAAAUCUUAUUUUUACUGUCUUUUAUUGUGGCGGGAAUGCCACUGUCAUGGCGGCCUUCUCCUUCUGAUACGAGCCUCGCUGGUAGCAUUUUUUCACGGUAGAGGCAGCACUGAGGGAGGACGCGGUGAACUUCAAUUGUAAAUUUAAUCUCUAGCAAGGGAGACAAUCAGAAGAGCUUCGCCAUAUUCCGUUGACAUUUGUACACUUUUUUACAUUAAAAUACUUAUUAUGAAAGUAUGAAGAGAAUAUUGAGCAAAAUAUGUGUCUGAAAUAUCAAAUAAAACAACAAUUACGCGUACAAAUAAUGAAAUUAUCCCUGAUAAAUGUGAAGAGAUCGUAAAUAUUCUGUAAUAAAGGAAAACAUUUAGUCAAAUGGACAUGAAAUCAACAGUUAUUAGUCGCCCUGCAGCAAAUCCAUAUCUUGUAAGCAGUGUUUAAAAUCUAAUAAUGAUAUUUCUAGAUGUCUUAACUGCUAAAUAAUAUGUGAAACAGGUGUUACUCUUCAUUUCGCUCUGUCUGAAUUACAUUUACUUCAUUCUUAUUUCACUGUAAUAUUCUUAGCUCCAUGACUUGCCAAUAGAUCCUGAUUUAUUAUCUAUAAUCUCAAGUGGUGUCAUCAACUCUGUCGCCAGUGAAAUAUCACAAGAGACUCUGUAGAAAAUAUGGGAAAAAAGUCAACAUUUUCCUCUCCUCAUGAGAAUUGACAGCCGACAAAAACGGUCAAAGAAAAAUGUCAUGAAUUUGCAAAUGACUCGAUGUUAGAGUGAGGAAUUAACUUGGCUUAAUUGAAUAUUAAAUGGUGAAGGAGAAAAUGAAAAACAAACGAAAAUAUAAAUGGUUAUAAGGACACAAUAUUACAAUGUUUCUGUGGAAAAAAAAAUGUGUAUAAAAAAAAACAACCGCUGAAAGAAUGAAUUGUGUAAAUAUUUAUUAUAGAGAAUAAUGCGAGGAGUGAAAGAGGUGAAAAAAAUGCAAUUGAAGGAGCAACAAGAAUGCCAAAUGGAUGGAGUUUAUUUAUCAUUUUCAUCCUUAUUGAAAUCUCAAAUGACACUCGCAUAGCAUUUGACUUAUUCGACUGCCAACGGAUGAUAUUUAUAGGGAAAAAAUAUGCUUCGAGAGAAUGUCAAUUGGAUAGGCAGCAAAGUCGAUUUAUUAAUGGAAUUUUAUGAGUCACUCAGUUGCCCAUUAAAGUGCAUUAUUUCCGGAUUCGCUUAAUUUGAGAUUUUUUGCAAUUUAUUUGUUCAUUUCUUUCCUAUUCUUCUUAUCAACAAAAAGAAUAAUUCACCGCAGAGAAUAAGUGAAAAAUUGAAUUUCCAGCCUUUUCCUCAUCAAUACAUUUUUUUUCCUCAUGUAUUGGAUCGCAAAGGUUUUUUUUUUUUUUUCAAUAUAAUUUCCUGCAAGAUUGAAAUUCUUCGCAGUCUUCUUGUUGCUCCUCACGGAAUUCCUCGCCGUGCUUGUAAAGUUACACGGAGAGGAAAUGCCCCUCAAGGCAGGACUGUUGAGAAGGAAUUUGCCGAGGAAUGCUUCUUCAGGAGGAACUACACAUAUUUAUUGUUCCUCUGCAUGUCAAUCAAUGGGAAUUUCUGCACAAUAUAGCAAAAUUCCUAUUGUCGGAAUUGAAUUGAAUUGACAUUUAUACUUUUUUCCUAUCUUUUCUUUCUUUACUAACAUUGAAAGUCUGCACAGAAAUGACGAAAAAAAAGGAGUGUUGAGAAUUUACAGUGCCAUUAAUUUCUCUAAGAUUUAAUUUAAAUUUGAAAAAAAAUACAUUUUAUAUUUGUAAUUAUUUACUUAAAAAUUAAAAUGAAAUGCGCGAAGCGAGAGAGAGAGAGAGAAAAUAAAUCACGAGAAGGUGGAAAAAAA